UUCUUCGGUGUAUACGAUGAAAAGCCACCGGCGAUCGUCCCUUCCUUCCUCUGUCGAAGCCGCGAAAGAUCAAGAGCACGCACGGGCGCGGCGCACGACGGCGCUCUACAGGGCAAUGUCCGGAGGCGUGGAGGAAGAAGAUGGGGCGGAGCGGCUUCGCCAGCGUAAGCUCGAGGAAGCUCUCGAAGCCAAGUCUCUCCGGCGCAUCAUCAGCGCCUUUCUCAAUUAUCCAGAAGCCGCAGAAGAAGAUGUAAAACGAUAUGAAAGAUCUUUCAGAAAGCUUCCUCCUGCUCAUGAGGCAUUGCUGUCACACUACCCUCAGAAGUUUCGAAGAUUGAGACAGUGCAUCUCAGCAAAUUCAUACUUCAUUUUCAGCAUGCUUCAGGCAUUUGAACCCCCAAUUGAUUUGAGCCAAGAGAUUGAUAUUUGUGAACACUCAGAUCAUGAAAACAUGCAAAAUGGUGACCUCUUCUCAUCAGAGAGGAACAUUUGCUCAAGUCAGACUGCUUUCAGUAGUGGAAGUUUGUUGUCAUCUGGAUGCGAAGCUGCUUCUGAAGAUUGUGACAAUGCAAAAUACAAAGCAGAAGAAAAGACUAACAAUAAGGAGCUUGCAAGCAGAGGACACCAUGACUCCACUGCGAGGAAUUCUUGUGGUUGCUCAGAGUUCCACGAACAGAGAAGAGAAAGUGAUGGGAAUAGUCUUGCCGACUCCAAUAAAGAUGUUUCUUCCUCUUCUUGCGACUGGUUAGAUCCUUCAUUGCAGUUGCAUGUCCCUUUGGUUGACGUUGAUAAGGUCCGUUGUAUAAUAAGGAACAUUGUUAGAGACUGGGCAGCAGAGGGGCAGAAAGAACGUGAUCAAUGCUUCAAGCCUAUUUUGGAAGAGCUUGAUGCCCUUUUCCCCAAUCGCUCCAGGGAAAGCCCUCCUUCUUGUUUAGUUCCUGGGGCUGGACUUGGGCGGUUGGCUUUGGAGAUAUCAUCUCUAGGUUUCAUAAGUCAGGGAAAUGAAUUUUCGUACUACAUGAUGAUAUGCUCGAGUUUCAUUCUAAAUCAAACUCAAGCUGCUGAUGAGUGGACAAUAUAUCCCUGGAUCCAUAGCAAUUGCAAUUCACUUUCAGACAGUGACCAACUUCGGCCAGUGUCAAUUCCAGAUAUUCAUCCAGCGAGUGCAGGGAUAACAGAAGGAUUCUCCAUGUGCGGUGGUGAUUUUGUUGAGGUUUACAGUGACCCCUGCCAAGUAGGAAUUUGGGAUUCAGUUGUAACAUGCUUUUUUAUUGAUACGGCGCAUAACAUUGUCGAAUACAUUGAAAUCAUAUCAAAAAUUCUCAAAGAAGGGGGAGUGUGGAUUAAUUUGGGACCUCUUCUAUAUCACUUUGCUGACAUGUGUGGAGAAGACGAGAUGUCCAUUGAGUUGAGCUUGGAGGAUGUAAAAAGGGUUGCUUUGCACUACGGUUUCGUAUUUGAGAAUGAGAAAACCAUAGAGACAACCUACACCACAAAUCCUAGGGCAAUGAUGCAGAAUUGGUAUUACGCAGCUUUUUGGACGAUGAGAAAGAAAUCAACCGCUGCUGAUGUUGUAUCAUCAUAAUCGUUUAUGUGAUUGCAAAAAUAAACUUUUCCAGUUUUACUAUCAGUGUUACCUCCAUUUGACAUAAGCCGUGCUACUGUCUUUCAAUUUAUGCUAUAGCAUCUCUAUAAAGACAUGGCGUCGCCAUCUGACUUGAAUGCUUUUCAUAUUUCUGUUCGUUCUUACUUUAAUGGACCUGUGACAACAGAUUUUAUUAAUCUGUAUUAAAAUCCGCUUUGCUCUAUA